AUUUCUGAUAGUAUACAUACAAGAGCAUUUACACCAGAAGCUUCUCGAAUAUUAUGAGUUAGGUGUGGAAAGAAGAAUGAAUUUAGCGUCGAUUCAUAACGUAUUCUGACCCGCACCAGAGAAGAUACAGCAGUCGUUCAUUCCUUCUUGUUUUGUUUGCAAUUUAGUAUUUAAUUGUUAAAGUGAAAGUUUUGUCAACGAAUAAUAAGAAAAUAUAAUAAAAUAAAACUAAUAUGUCUACUAGACAAAAAGAAAUUGAACUUGACAUUAAAGAAUUGAACUCAUUUAUUCAUCAAGCUCACAGACAAAAAACUAAAGAUAUUCUUAGCUUAGAACUUAGACGUUUACAAACUGAGCUUUCUAAAUUAAUAGAGACAAAUUUAAACAAUGAAAAUGAAUCUCUGAGAUCAAUUUCUAAUACUCACACUUCAUCAGAAUCUAAAUGUUAUGACAUAAAAUUAACUAAUUAUUGUUGGGAUCAGUCAGAUAAAUUUAUGAAGCUAUAUAUUACUUUGAAAAACGUUCAAACUUUACCGCAAGAAGCUGUAACUUGUAAUUUUACUGAGAGAUCAAUGAAUUUAAGAGUAUUGGGAUUAGACAACAAAAAUUAUCAGCUAUCAAUUUCCAACUUAUGUGAAGACAUUGAUCCAAAUAAAAGCUACACAAAAAUUAAAACUGAUAUGAUUGUUGUUUUUUUGAAUAAAAAAUUGCCUAAAAAUUGGUCUCAUGUAACUGGUAUUGAAAAAAGAAUUAAAGAGGCUAAGAAUACAACUCCAGAUUUUGAAUCUUCUGAUCCUGAGGCUGGAUUAAUGAAUCUCAUGAAGAAAAUGUAUCAAGAAGGAGAUGAUGAUAUGAAAAGAACUAUUGCACAAGCUUGGACUGAAAGUCAAGAAAAAAGAAGUUCUAAAAGCGAAUAAAGAUUUUUAUUUUUCCAAGUAAUUAUUUCUAUAAAUAAUUUACAAUUUUUUUUUUUUUUUCAGUACGUGGUUUAUUUUUAUGAUAGAAAGAAUGUAUUGUAACCAUUUUUGUUAAUAAAAC